AUGUCUGGAGACGUUAAAGGAACACUUUCCAAAGUCAAAAGUGGAAAUGUCUCAAGUCGGCUUGCUGCCAUUGGAGCUCUCUUCUCCCUUGCCAGUGAUGACGACAUUCGUGAAGAAAUUAGAGAAAUGGGAGGAAUUGGUAUUUUAGUGGGUUGUUUGGAUGAAAGUGCUGAUCCUCGUAUUCCACGUCAAGCUUGUGGUGCUUUGUUGAAUAUGGCCAACGAUGACAAGUGUCGUGAAGAAAUUCGUGAUUAUGGAGGUAUUGAAUUAAUUCUCAAACUCAUUGAGAAUCAGUUCAAGGAUGCUACCAGUUUGGAAUAUGCCACUGGUGCUUUAUUAAACUUGUCAUCCGAUGAUGAAACAAGAGAAAUGGUUCGUGAAGCCAAUGGUGCUCCCAUUCUUGCACAUUGUUUAAAGGAUGCUCCGAGUGAUGAAGUUUUGAGAAAUUCUGUGGGAUCCGUUGCUUCCUUGUGUUUCGAUCCAGAAUUUACUCGUCAAUUGGUGAGUGAAGGAGCAUUGCCUCAUAUUAUCAAUGCUUUGGAAUCAAAGGAUGGUGAGACACGUUCAAGAACCAGUGGUUGUAUUUGGAAUCUUAGUGUCACCUCAGAUGAAACACGUGAAGCAUUGGCUCGUGAAGGAUGUUUGGAAAAAUUAGUGGACUUGUUGAAACAUCACGAAGAGAAUAAUGAAGAUCCUGAAACUGUUGGAAAUUGUGUCAUGUGUUUAUCUAUCUUGAGUUCCAAUGAUUUGGUUUCUGAGACACUUCGUGAAAUGGAUGGAUGUUUUGAAAUGAUUGUCAAGUUUUUGACCAAUUCAGAUGCCACCAUUGCUCAGAAUGCUGCAGCUGCUGUUUGGAAUUUGGCUCACAAUGAUGAAAAUAAGAAGGUUCUUGCAGGUUUGGAUACAAUGGCUGCUUUGAUUCCAUUGUUAGACGCUUUCCAAUCAGAAAGUCAAUGGGAUGCUUUGGAAAAGGUGUUGGGAGCAGUGUUGACUUCAAGCACCCAUGAUACCAUGGCUGAUCAGUUCCGUGAAAAUAAUGGCUUCCCUUCUUUGAAAUCUAUCAUUGAAGGCAAAGUAGAUCCAAAUUCCAUUCAAGACGAUCAACACAAGAAAUGUGUACUUUACGGCAUUAUUGGUUUUGCAGUUCUUGCUUACAAUGACAAGAACAAGGACGAAAUUCGUGAGUGUGGUGCUCUUGCAGAUUUGAUUGAGUUACUUCGUUUGGAAUAUGACGAUGACUUGCUCGAGAAGGUCACUGCUGCUCUUCUCAAUUUGACUCACAACAUUGAAAAUCGUGUGGCCAUUCGUAAAUUGGACGGUAUUGCACCACUCAUUGAAUUGUUGUAUCACCCCAAUGAAACCAUUUCUAUGAAUGCAGCUGGUUGUUUGUGGAAUUUGAGUAAUGACGAAAGUUGUAAGGCUGUCAUUCGCAGUUUGGGUGGUCUUAAACCCUUGUUGACCAUUAUUGGUGGUGGUAAAGUGGCUCCCAAGUCUAAAAAAGAUAGAGCAAUUAGUAAGGAAGCUAUUGAGGCUGCCAAUCGACUUGUGGGUGGAGCUGACGACGAAGAACCUGUUCCUGAAGAGAAGUUUGAUGUCGCUGAAUUCAUUGAAGAAAAAUUCAAUCCUAAUAAGGAAUAUGAAAAGUUGGAUGAACAAGUUGAUAAACCAUUGAAGAAUCAACCUCAAUUGAAUCGAAAUGGAGAACAAAGAACUACUACUGGAGCUGGUAUUGAAUAUGGAGAGGAAACUGGUAUGACUCCAGCCAAGAUCAUUGUCGGAGCUGCUCGUAUCGACAUUAAGAAUCGUCGUAGACAAGCUGAAAUUGAACGCGAAAAGAAAGAAGCUGAAGAAAGAGAGCUCAGAAGAAAGGAAGCUGAAGAACGAGAACGUGCUCGAAAGAAGAAGGAGGAAGAGGAGCUCAGACGUAAAGAAGAAGAGCAAAAGAAGAAACAAAAAGAAGAAGAAGAAAGAAAACGUAAAUUCGAGGAAGAAAUGAAACGCAAGGCUGAAGAAGAGGAACGUCAGCGAUUGUUGGCCGAAGCAGAACAAACCAAGAAUCAAUCCAAAGAUGCAUUCGAUGCCAAACAUAAGAGAAAGAAUGUCAAAGAUGAAGACAUUGAUUGGGAUGAAAUCUAUGAAGAUGGUUUCACACCUUCCAAAACCAAAGAAGAAGCAAGAGACAAAUUACAGGGUCAAAUCGAUGAAUAUUCCAAUUUAAUUGAUCCCUUCAAUUCGAAUGGUGUUCGUGACCAAUUGACUGAGGAUGAUCUCAAAUUCAUUGAAAGUGAAAUUGAGAGAGCUAAAAACUUUUUGGAACAAAAUCCAAAUGCUACCAAAGAACAAAUCGACGAUGCUCGUAAGGAAUUGGAUGCCAAUGUGAAACCUCUCAUUGAGAGAGCCAAAGCAAGAAAGGUCCUCACGGACAUGACUCAAAACAUUCGUGAUCGAUUAAUGAAUGAUUCCGAGUUGUUGAAUAAUUUGACUCCUGAGGAGAGACGUGAACUCGAGCAAGCAUUGGCCGAGAUGGAAGAAUGGCUUCGUGAUCACCCUGAUGCUACCAAAGAAGAAAUUGAAGCCAAAGAACGUGAACUCUUAUCCAAGAUUAAACCCAUUCUCGCAAGAGCCAAAACCAGAAAUGAUUUGGAGAAUUAUGCUCACGACUUGAGAAAGAAAGCUUCUGGUGAGGAUGAAGAGAUGGAAUUCGACUUGUUGGGCGACGAAGAUAAGAGAAAUGUACACGAUGCCAUUCGUGAGAUUGAGGACUACUUGUUGGAACAUCCUCAUGCCACCGCACAAGACUAUGAAGACAAGUUGCAAGAGGCUAAAAAACGUGUCGAUCCCAUUCUGAAGAAGGCUCGCGCCAAGAAGGAAUUACUCGAAUACGCUUCGGGCAUGAGAGAUCGUUUGCAGAAUGAUCCCGAUUUGAAGAAACGAAUCACUCCUGAGGAGAGAAGAGGUAUGGAACAAGCGUUGGAUGAUUUCGAUAAGUGGAUCAAGAAUCACCCUAAUGCCGAUUUAGAGUCUCUGGAGAAGCAGAAACAGCGUUUGAAACAAAAGUUGGAUCCUAUUGUCUCACGUGCCGAUGCACACAACACUUUGGAUGAGUACAUUAAUCGUACCAGAAAGAGAAUUGAUGAUAAGGAUGAUUUAGGUGAUUUAUUGGACGACAUGGAUAAGAAGACUCUCCAAAAGGAAUUGAAGGACUCGGAAGACUUUUUGAAGAAGGUAGAGAAGGAGCCUUCCAAAUACACAGCCGAUGACAUUUCUCAAAAGAAGAAGGAACUCAAGGAGAAGAUGGCUCCACUCUUGGAGAAGGCCAACAAGAGAAAGGAUCUCAAGGACUAUGCUCGUCGCGUGCGGGAUGUACUUGCAUCGGAUCACGAGUUGGCUCCAUUCCUUUCACCAAAGGAAAGAAAACUCAUUGAGAAUGAAACUCAAGAUGUUGAAGAUUGGAUUCGUAACAGCAAGAAGGCCACUCCACAACAAACUGAGGAGAGAAGAAAGAAAUUCGAAGAGAAGGUGAAACCAGUGUUGGAUCAAGCUGCACAGCGAAAAGAACUCUCCGAUUAUGCUCAAAGAAUUAAGGAUCGAUUGGAGGAUCCUCAAUUUGUGGACAAGUUGAAGCCAGAAGAGAAGAAGGCUCUCCAAGAUGGACAUGAUGAGUUGAAGAACUUUUUAGCAAAGAAUCCUGAAGCAACUUCCAAAGAUAUUGAGAAACAACGUGAUAAGGUGAAUGAAAAAGUUUUACCAAUUUUGGAAAGAGUCAGAGAACAAACAGCAUUGGAGAAUCAUGUCAACAAUGUUCGUGACAAAGUGCGUGACGACCCACAAUUGAGUAAAUUCCUUUCAGAUAAGGAAAAGAAGGCCAUUGAGAAGGCUGUUCAAGACGUCGAGAAAACUCUCAAGAACAAGCCUUCCAUUGCUGAGUCAAAGAAGGCCAAGGAUCAAUUCAAUGACACUGUGAAACCUCUCAUUGAAAAUGCAUUUGCUAGAAGCAAGCUCUCCGAUCACGCUGAUGAAAUUUUGAAGGAAGUGAUGGAAGAUCCUCAAACUACUUCAAAGGAUAAGGAAGCUGUCAAGAAGGCAAAGAAGGACUUGAUAGAUGACUUUUUGGCAAAGAACCCAGACGCCACCAAAGAUCAAGUAGAACAACAACGAAAGAAAUUUGAUGAUGCCGUAUCUACUGUCACCGAUCGUAUUCAUAAAAAGAAGGAAUUGGAAAGAAAACUCAAUGAUCUUCAAAGAAAAUUGGAUGAUCCAGAAAGCGCUGUCUGUACCAAAUCAACACCUGAGGAGAGACAAUAUUUGGUUUCUAAAUUGAAUGAAAUGAACAAAUUCUUGGAUGAGAAUCCAAAUGCCACCACCAAACAACUUGAAGAUAAGCUGAAUGAAUUUACUUCACAAGUUGAACCAACCAUGAAGACUUGUGAAAAGAGAGCUCAAUUAGAUCAAUUGGCCAACAACAUUAGAGAUCGACUUGUAGAUCCUAAUGAUGAUUUAUGCAAGUAUUUGAAUGACAAAGAAAAGCAACAACUCAGAGAUGCCACCAUGGAAGCUCUGAACUUUUUAGAAAAGAAUCCAGGUUGCUCUGGAAAUGACGUUACCCAAGCCAAGAAGAAACUUGAUGACAAGACCAAGGAAUUGCUUGAAAGAGCCAAAGCAAGAGGUGGUCUUUAUAGAAAGGCUGGUGGUUUGAUUAGCGAUGCAUCUAAUUAUGGAGAAGGUGGUCUUGGAGGAAAAUUGAAUUCCGUUGAAAGAGCUGAACUUGUUGACAAGUGCAAUGAAGUCAUUUCCUUCUUGGACAAGAAUCCAAAUGCUACUACAAAACAUAUCAAAGACAAGGAGAAGGAACUUAACAAGGUUGUGAAACCAGUUUUGGAAAAGAUCAGCGAAAGAGAAAACCUCAUUGACUUGGUGAAGGGCAUUCGUGAUCAAGUAUUUGACAUGGACACUGGUCUCGUUGAAGACGAAGAUGAAACUAAGAAUCUUCUCGCAGCAACUCAAAAGGACGCUGCUGAUGAAUUAGAAGAUUUAUUGAACGGACCUACACGUACCUCCAAAUCUGCAAAGGACGAAAAGGCACGUUCUGAAAAAUUGGGCAAUUUCCUCACAGACGAAGAGAAGAAGAAGAUUGAUGCUGCUACAAAGCAUGUCUUGGAUCUUGUGAAUUCAGAUCCAAACCUUACUGUCUCUGAUUUGAAGGAACAAGGAAGAAAUGUCAAACAAGAUACAGAUAACAUUUUGAAAGCAGCCAAGACUAGAUCUGAUUUCAAGGAUUACUUGACAGGAGUUCGUGAUCAACUUAGAGAUGAAAAGGAUUUGGCAGCCAGCAAUUUGAGUGAAACCGAUAAGAAACAAAUUGAAAAUGCAGUGAAUAACGCACUCGAUUGGUUAAACAAGGAAGGAGCUUCUGCAUCCUCAGACGCUGUAGACCAAAAGAAGAAAGACGUCAUGAAUCAAAUUGAACCUCUCCUUCAAAAAGCCAAAGAAAGAGGAGAAUUAGAAACAAUUGCCAACAAGUUGAAGCAUCGUUUGGAAGACGACGUUGAUUUGACCUCUGCUUUGACCGAUAAGGAAAAGAAGACUCUCGAAAACGAAGUGAAAGAGGUUUUGGACUUUUUGGCCAAGAAUCCAAAUGCCACCACCGAACAAUUAAUGGAUCGUCGUAAGAAAUUCGAUGAAAAUGUGUUACCUAUUUUAGAAAAGACAGAAGCAAGAAACAAGUUGAAGAAUUAUGCCAAUGAACUUCGUACUCGACUCUAUGAUGAAGAUGAUCUUGGUGGAAAACUGUCUGAACAAGACAAGAAGAAGAUUGAGAAUUUCAUUGAUGAAGCUGUUGACUUUUUAGAAACCAAUCCUAAUGCCACCAAAGAACAAAUCGACCAAAAACGACACGCCCUCGAGUCGAAAGUUGCUCCAAUCCUUAAGAAGGGAGAUAAGGCAAGAAAGGCCGAAGAACUUGCCAAUGAUAUUAAGAAUCGUUUGGAGAAUGAUUCCACACUGAGAGAAGCAUUGACCCCAGAGGAACGUAAGAUCGUCUCAGAUGCAACCAAUGAUUUCUUGGAUUGGCUUGGAAAGAAUGGAGCUACUGCCACAGAAAAUGAAAUCAAAGACAAGGAGCGUCAAUACAAGGAGAAGGUUGAUCCAAUCUUGAAUAAGGCCAAGAACCGAAAUGUUCUCAAAGAACAGGCCAAGAAACUCCGAGACAAGUUGAAUCAAGAUCCACAAGUCUCUGGUUUAAAGUUCUCCGACUCGGAAAAGAAGGAACUCGAGAAACACAUUCAAGAUGCCAUUGAUUAUUUAGAUACUGUAGGAGCCAAUACUGCCACCACUGCAGAUCAAAUCAAGGACAAGAUCCAAGACUUUAAGAAUAAGACAAGUCCCAUUGUUGAGAAAGCCAAACACAGAAGAGCUUUGGAAAAGUAUGCCACAGGCGUUCGUGAUAAGAUCCAAAACGAUCAAGCCAUCUCAUCAAGACUCACACCUGAAGAGAAGAAACUCAUCGAUAACACUGCAAAGGAAGUAUUGGAUUGGAUCCAACGUCAUGGAGAUGAAGCCUCCUUACUCGAUCUGAAAGAAAAGAUGCGUGAAGCCAAGAACAAGAUCGAGCCAGCCAUGCAACGUGCAGAGAAACAUAAGCAAUUGGAAGAGUAUGUGAACAAGAUUCGUGACAAGAUAAAUGGUGAGUUGAAGGAUUGUCUCACUCCUGAAGAAAAGAAGAUCAUUGAGGCUGAAACCCAAAAGACUCUCGACUGGUUGAGCAAGAAUAAGACUGCUCCAAUGAGUGCUGUCGAAGCUCAACAACGUGCACUUGAUGGAAAGAUUUCAAGCAUUAUGGAGAAGGCUCAAACCAAGAAGGAUUUGGCAAACUUUGCUCAUGCCAUUAGAGAUCGUUUGAAGAACGAUAAGGAAUUGGAUCAAUUGCUCACUGCUGAAGAGAAGAAGAUGAUCAAUGAUGCCGUUCAGGAAACAUUGGAUUGGCUCUCAAAGAAUCCUAAUGCCUCACUCGCCGAUCUCAAACUACGAAAGAAGAAGUUGGAAGACGUUGUGAACAACGUAUUGGGUGAUAAGGAAGCUGCUGAAAACUUUAGAAACUAUGCCGAAAAGAUUCUUGAAGUCUUGAAGAAGAACAAACAAGUUCAACGUGAUUUGACCGACGAAGAGAAGAGAGAUGUUGAAUUGUUCGCAGAGACAGCCAAAGAUUGGCUUCAUCAAAAUCCAAAUGCCACUGCUCGUCAAAUUCGUAUGGAAAAGAAGAGACUCGAAGAAAAGUUGGGCAAGAUCAAGAAAUUCAAAUUUGAAAUUCCUAAUGUGACCUAUAUUGGUAAAUUCUCUGAAAAGUUACGUUGGGGUGAUGAAUCGAAACGAACCAAAGAUAUUUCAGCACUGAUGGGAUCCUAUAUCAAGAAGGGUGAUACAACCACCAAGACUUCCAAGCCAGUUCAACCUCCAACCAAACAAUACAAGAUGGUCAUUCCACAACGAAAGCUCACCAAAGAAGAAGAGGAAGAGUUGAAACUCUUUGAAACCAUGAAACAUAAUAAGGGUGGUCUCAUUGAAGCUAAAUUACAAAGUUUGAUGGGAAGUGUGAAUGCUGGAGGUCAUGGUGCAGGAUUGGUUGAAGAAGAUCCAAAUGCUGAACCUGCUGUGGUAUAUCCAUAUGCUGAAUUGAAGAAUAACAAACAAAAGAAGUAUCCUCCCGGCGUUGAUGUCAAUAAGAGAGAGCAAUAUUUGAGCAAUGCUGAAUUCUUGCAAGUGUUCAAGAUGAGUCGUGAAGAAUUUAGAAAAUUGCCUGAAUUCAGACAAACAAAGGCUAAGCGUGAUGCAGAAUUGUUUGCUUAUGCCUACGAACUUUAA